UGUAGGAGGGUCGCAGGCAGAGAAGGCAUUUGGCGCAUCCCUCCAGAUGAACAGCAAGAGCCAACCCCCGAGAGGACAUCGCCUCACUAUCACAGGCGUGAGGGGACAGGAUGAAGGGAGAAAGUGCCGCCGCCAAUUUAUGACGAACCCCCGUCACAACUUAAAAAUACGGAGCACUAGGGUGAAUAUUCUGCAGAGGAAACUUAAACUGAAGUACAAUAAGCUCUGCUAUUUCAUGAAAGAGUAGGCGGACAGAAAGGUCGCCCGCUCCGGGGCAAGUACAAACAUUGACCGUCAGAUUUAUUUUGCUUUAGCGCUUUUUUUUAGCACGAACAGGAUGACUGGGAAAAUCCGGCGAGCUGUUUUACUUUUGCUGGUUCCUGCUGCUCUCUAUCAAACUCAAAACUUUGCGCUGGAUGUGGGCGAGGUUCCCAGGAAAACGAGGGAAUUUGAUGAUCUCCAUGCACCCGUUGUCCAGCGUUUCUCUCAGGAGGGUGUGUCUGACUACAGGACAUUCUUGCUGGGAAAGAAGGAAAACACUCUGUAUGUGGGAGCCAGAGGCGUUUUGUUUGCGCUUAGUCUUAUAAGAGUGACCCAAGAGGUUAAAGCAGCUAUCACGUGGGAAGUUUCAGAAAAGGAGAGGGUGGACUGCACUGCAAUCGGCAAGACAAGGGAAGAAUGCAACAAUUUCAUCCUUGUUCUGCAAUACCUCAAUGAUACACAUGUCUUCACGUGCGGAACAUUCGCCUUUAACCCACAGUGCACCUACCUUGAGGUCUCUAAGUUCGAGCUGCUGAAAGACGAGAAUGGGGAGAUACUGACAGAGAGCGGGAAGGCUCGGUGUCCAUAUGACCCGGCUUCACGGCACAGCACUGUGGUAGCAGAUGGAAUCCUGUAUGCUGCAAUGGCUUUUGACCUCCAAGGGAUUCAGUUCCUUAUCUCCAGGGCAAUGGGUCCUUUCAACCAGCGGAUCACAACAGAGGCAUUAGAUUCCUGGCUGAAAGAACCAACUUUCAUUGGCUCAGCUCUGGUGAAGGAGAGUUUAGGAAGUGAUGUGGGCGAUGAUGACAAACUAUAUUUUUUCUUCAGCGAGGUCAGCAAGGAGUUUAACUACUACACUAAACUGCGAGUCUCCAGAGUUGUCAAGAUUUGCAAGGGUGACAUUGGUGGGCUCAAGAAUCUACAGAGGCGGUGGACAAGCUUCCAGAAGACUUCACUUGUAUGCCGUGAUCCUUCCAGCAAGCUUUACUUCGACGUGAUUCAGGAUGUCUUUAUGUUGCAACGCGACAUUGGGAACUGGACCAGUACUGUGUUUUAUGCAGUAUUCAGCUCACAGUGGAGCGAUUCUCUGUCUGCAGUUUGUAUGUAUGACAUCAAAAGUAUCCAUGCAGCCCUGGAUGGACCAUAUCUAGAAUACAAAACUGACUGUUCUGCUUUUGUUCAGUAUAAAGGUCAAGUUCCAUUUCCAAGACCCGGCUCGUGUAUCACUAACUGGCAUAGGAACCAUUCGAUUGAGAGUUCACUACAUUUACCUGACGACGUACUGAGUUUCAGCCGAAGUCACCCUCUCAUGCAGCAAGCUGUCUACCCAAUGAAUGGUCAGCCAAGGAUGAUAACCAGAAAUGCACAGUAUUCCAAAAUUGUCGCAGUGCAAGUGAGCUCAAUGGAUGGAACUUAUGAAGUUCUCUUCCUCGGAACAAAUGAUGGCCGUUUGCACAAAGCUGUAUUGGUUGGUUCUCGCAGUUAUAUCAUAGAGGAGAAGAAAUUAUUUAAAAAUAUUCAACCCAUUCAGAAUCUCCUUUACUAUAAGGGAUUUCUUUAUGUUGGUUCUCCCAGUGAAGUUACUCAGGUUGCAGAGGCAGACUGUGAACAGUACAAGACCUGUUAUGACUGCAUCUAUGCCCGGGAUCCCUACUGUGUUUGGAGUAAGUCAGCAUCUCGCUGCAAGUUAUACAAGAAACAUUCUUUGAACAAUGACUUCUUACAAGACAUUAAGAAAGGCAAUGCUGCAGAAUUGUGCCCACCACGCACAGAAGCUGCAGAAGAAAUUGUUCUGGUCAUCGAUCACCGUUCAGAUGUGGUGCUCAACUGCAAGCCCUCCUCUUCGAAGGCCCACUGUGAAUGGCUGACUCCCAACAAGAACAUUACGGUUGAUUUCUAUAGUUCAGGACUGCUAGUGACAGAGAAUGUACUCGGCAACUAUGACUGUUAUUGCCAUGAAAAUGGUAUCCGUCAGAUGGUAGCGUCCUAUCAUCUCAUAUCCAGGCGAUCACGGAUGGCGUUGAUAGUGUUGAUAUUGCCUGUUGCAUUUGUUGCUGUAGUUGUCUUCUUUAUUGUGAACUCUAGGAAGACUUAAUUUUAGCUGUUCAUUACAGUCUAUCCAAUUAACUGAACAUUACCUUCUCUCUGGAGACUAGAAUGACUAACCUUGAUAACAAGGUUGUUUGUCACAACCGAGGAACAUUUGAGCACAACUGACAGAGUUCAUUUCAAGUACCUUCCUCUGCCACAAUCAGGAUGGUAAAAUGGACAUUAUAUCAGUACUGCCCAGUCAACACUGAUGGGGCAGUUGGCUGAACUUUUCCAAGCCUAAAACUAAAUGUCUGAAGGGUCAACUUAAACAGUCCCUCUUUAAUGAAAAUUAUUCCACAUGACAAUUUUCUAGAAGGCUCAAAUCUGUACCGCUACUAAUGCAGAAUACCUCAGGGCUCCUCUGGAGCCACAGCCUAACUUGCUGGCAGCAAAGCUGGUGCAGUCUUUUAGUCUGGUGAGUUGCAUCCAGGUGCUUGUUUUGCAGUCAGCUGUUUGGUUGACUGUCAAACUUUGAACUUAAAGGACACUGGAGUAUGAAAGUCAUAGGGGCUUCUUUCUCCCUUAAACAGAGUCUGACUAGUCAGCUUCACCCAAAGAUACGUGGAAAGAAUAGAAUUGACCAAUCUUUUUUGCAAAGAUUAGAUCACACGAAAAUAAUGUGAAUAUAAAAUUCUUCUCGGAAAGAAGAAACUAAGUGCCUUACUUAUGAAUGACACCACGUACCUGUUGAUGUAGUGUGUUCUAGUAUUUUUGUUUAAACAAAGCAUAGAAACUUGGUACUGUUCUAUCAAUAUGCCCUUUAAAGGAAGUUUAUCUAGAUUUUAUGUGCACAUGAGCACAAUUGACACGGUUACAUUGUACUUUUUAACAGUAAGGCUGAUUAUAGCUAUUGACUUUAAGACGAUGAUUCCUCUUGUUUAGCACUGGAAAAAUAAUAAGCUUUUUUUUAUAAUUUAUUUAUUGUACAUUAAGCUUAUAACUUGACAUUUGUUGCAGUUACUUAAAAACCAUAUUUAUUUAUUGUCUGACCAAAAGCACUCCAAAUUUAAUUUUCAUGGAAAAUAUAUGUAUACUGACAAUUCCACAUUUUGUCAAAUUUGCCUGCACUUCCAUGUUACAUUUAGAAGUAGGAUCUUUUCAUAAGUGUUGGGCACGUGGCCAAGUGGUUAAGGCGUUCGUCUAGUGAUCUGAAGGUCGCUAGUUCAAGCCUCAGCUGUGGCAGCGUGUUUGUGCCCUUGAGCAAGGCACUUAAUCACACAUUGCUCUAGUGUCUGUGCAAGGAGUGGCACCCCACACAGACUUCCAAUCUGCGCCUUGUAAGGCAUGAAAAUUCCCGACGCAGGCCUCUCAUGGUCUAAGUUGACGUUCCCUCCCUCCCCUUCAUAAGGAAAGAAGGUAUAAGAUUGGUUGGUACUAAUUUAACAAGUGUAGUAUGUCAUCAGUUUCUCUCUGUGUGCUCCCUCAGAGUAGAAUGUCUUUGCUUGCCUCUGAUGAGAUAUUGCCCACCUGGAGAGAAUGAGGCACAUAGAGGAUAAAAGAUACUGCUUUGUAAAAUAAAAUUACUUUAAUAAAUAACUGUAUAUUCUUACAAAUAACCAAUUAUCCUCCCACAUCUUUGCAAAUGAAUGAAUAAUAGAAAGAUGAAAAGACAUAGUGUUCAGAGUGCUAGUUAAUGAAGGAGAACAUCGAAUAUCAUCUGUGAUCCUGCUUCGCAGGGAUUGUUUAUGGAUGUGUGCCAGGAGAUACUGAGCUGUGUGAUUGCGAUUAGAUGGUACGCACUGGGAUAGUAAAGCUGCUCAAGCCAUGAGAUUUACAAGUAACUUGCCGAAAGAAUAUAGACUCUACAUAAAGAUGGCUAUGGCAGAUACACCGGAACAGAUAAACUUUACUGUAUCUUGUUGGUUACAAGUGGAGAGGAUCAAAUGAGAUCCUGGACAAUGUUUCAACUGCAUUUUGCAUUCAGCUAAGAUGUGACCAUUACCUUUUCUUUACAUUCAACCUGGUAGUGAUUCAGGAGUUAAGGAAUUAUCUCAUUGUAGUAAAGUAAAUGUUAUU